GUUGCCUCAGCAUUGCACUAUCUGCACAAUGAGUAUGAGCAGAGGGUGGUCCAUCGCGACCUGAAGGCGAGUAACAUCAUGCUUGACUCAAAGUUCAAUGCGCGCCUUGGGGACUUUGGCCUUGCACGGGCACUUGACAACGAAAGGACCUCGUAUGCUGAGGCAGAAGGAGUGCUUGGCACAAUGGGAUACAUUGCACCAGAGUGUUUCCACACAGGGAAAGCCACACAGCAAUCUGAUGUAUACGCGUUUGGGGCAGUGUUGUUGGAAGUUGUAUGUGGCAAGAGACCUGGAACCAAGAUUAAUGGCUUUCAAUUCUUUGUUGAUUGGGUUUGGUACUUGCACCGCGAUGGCCGUAUCUUGGAAGCUGUUGAUCCAAGGCUUGGAGGUGACUAUGUUGCUGAUGAAGCAAAGAAACUUCUACUGCUUGGUUUGGCUUGUGCACAUCCUAUAGCUAUUGACAGGCCUAAAACACAGGCAAUAGUUCAGAUUAUAUCAGGGUCAGCACCAGCACCAGAAGUUCCACCAUUCAAGCCAGCAUUUGUGUGGCCAUCAAUGAUGCCAAUUGACAUAGACUCAAGUGUUAUGGACACAACAUCCAUUACUACUUCUCACUUCAAUUCAGGAUGGAGUCUUGACUAUCAAAGCAGGGAGACCCCAACAUAUGCAGACCACUCUUUGGUGUAGUUACUUUGAUGGUAAACAACUAUUACCAAA